AUGGGUAAACGGAUCAUUAUUACAGGCGGCUCUGGCAAGGCCGGCCAACAAGUCAUUUCUUACCUUCUCCAGCAAGGCCAUGAUAUUCUCAACCUCGACCUGACUCCGCUUCCCGCUGAAUUAGGAGACCACGUCCAUACAAUACGGACCGAUCUUGUCGACACUGGACAAGUUUACGGUGCUUUUACCUCGCAUUUUCGACUCACAGAGCCCUUCUACGAACCAAUCAACCUCAAACCCGACGCAAUCAUCCACCUGGCCGGAUACUCUCGCAACAUGAUUGCACCUGACAAUGAAACCUUUCGGGGGAAUAUGAUGUCCACAUACAACGUCAUCGAAGCGGCCUCGCGCCUAGGAAUCAAGAAAAUCAUCACCGCAAGCUCAGUGUCAGUCUAUGGGAUAAGCUUCGCCGAAGGUGAUGUUAAUUUUCCAUAUUUUCCUGUCGACGAGGAAGUCGAUCCCGAUCCAAUGGACACGUAUGCUAUUUCGAAGCUCUGUGGUGAGCGAGUAGCGCGUGGCUUUGCACGGCGAUUUGGGAUAGACAUUUACAUUCUGCGGAUUGGGAGGGUUGUGUCGCCAAAUGAGUACACAAGCGACAUGUUUGGCUCUUAUGUUAAGGAUCCUGCGCAAUGGAAGGUCCAUGGAUGGUCCUAUAUCGAUGCGCGGGAUCUUGGGCAGAUAUGUGAUCUGGGUGUACAGAAGGAUGGGCUUGGGUUCCAGGUUUUUAAUGCCGUCAAUGACGAGAUUACGAACUAUACAAGUUCUGUCACUGAGUUUCUGAGCGUUGUUUGUCUAGAAACACCCAUUGUUCGCAAGAUGGAGCCGCGAGAGGCACCUGUGUGCAAUAGUAAAAUCAAGGAGCUGCUAGGAUUUAGUCAAGACCAUCCUUGGCAGGUGUAUUAUGAUGCAGGCCAUUGA